AUGCGCAUAGGCCUGCACUCUGGCACAGUGCUAUCAGCCGUGGUGGGCAUCAAGAUGCCUCGCUACUGCUUGUUCGGACACAAUGUCACCAUCGCCAACAAAUUCGAGUCAGAGAGCGAACCUCUCAAAGUAAACAUCAGUCCCACCACAUACGAACACCUGAAAAACGUGAAAGGCUUCACGUUUGAGGCGCGACCCAAAAGCUGUCUACCCAAAGACUUUCCCUCCAAUAUCCCGGGCACUUGUCACUUUCUGUUGGGCUACCAACACCCAGGACUGUCUCCCGAUCAACCCCUCGAUCAACAUGUGUUAGCCGGCAUGUCCGCCAUAACUACGUAAGAAACUUUGCAAACCUCGUGCUGAAAUAAACCAUAGAGCGUCUCGGAAAAUUGUAAUUGGUGAUCAGAGUAUGAAACCAAAACACAAUAUUAUGUUUUUUCUACAGGUGAUGUUUUAUUUCCAGACAAAACCCAGUAUAAAAUGAAACAUUACUACAGUAAAACUCCAAUUAUCCUAAUCAUUUGGGAGUGGACUUGACCAUUCAAGCCAUUCGGUUAAUAGAAUAUUUUAAUAAUCUAUGCUUUCAUAAAAAAUGGGAAAUUUAGGGAAAAUACCUCAUUAAAUAAUAUGGUAUUCUAGUAUUAGGACUAUUGUCCUUAUCAGUUAGAAUUGGAACCGUUUUGGGCGUAAGCCUGUACUCUUCUGAAAGUUGUGUAAUUUUGAAUGAUUAAAUGAUUAUUUACAUAAAUUAUAACGGUCGACUACUUUACUGCAUAAAUAAAACUUCUCCAAAAUAGUGUUUAUGCUUUUUGAACAUUUCUGAAAUUCACGGGUAUCUCGACUAUUUUCUUUUGAAAGGUAAUCGGUGAUUCGGAUAAUCGGCUAUUUGGAUAAUCAUAGUUCGGAUAAUUGAAGUUCUCCUCUAGGAAGAACAAAAUUAUUGUGUUUUUAUUUUAUCAUGAAGAAUUGUACGAAUAUGAUGUUCAAUCAAAUCAGAGUAUUGUGAAAAGCAUAUUAGUGAAACUUGUGGUCUCAUUGCGGAUAAUGAUCAACAUAGAAGAUCAUGAAUGAUUGUGAAACUCGUAGAAAUUACAAUCUAUUAUGCAUUUGAUUAAAAGGUUUGUGAAAUAACCUUGACCUUGAAACUUGACCUUGAAUGACCUUGAACUUCGCAAACUACUACUGUCCGCUUCCCAGAGGUCACCUCUAAUAAUGUAAUGACUGUGUUGACUAUAAGAAUAAGCUCCUUUGUGAAGUAUUACAACUUUGUCUACUGCAAAAAAUGCAUAACGUAGUAUGUAAUGUACGUAAUUAUAAUGUGUGCUGUGUAAGAGAUUGUACAAUAUAUGGUAAAUUGUUCCAUAAUAAUGAGAUCUCCUAUUCAAUUAUAAGAUUCUUCGUUGAUUUGUGAUAUUGAUACAAAUUGAAUUUCAUUUCUAUUAUUGCAUCAAUGUUAUAUUUAUAAGCCUUCACCUUCAUUCAUUGAAUAUAGCUUUCAACUAGUUCUAUAGAUCUGAUGAAUUUCAUUUGAAGAUAAUGUUUUAAUUUUUAUAAAAUCAUAAUUCUCUGUUAUCCAAAUUGAUCUCUAGUCUAUAAUCUAUUACAUAUUACAUUCCUCAAUUCGUAAAAGAAAUCCCUACAAUAUUAAUAUCAUAAUAGUUUUGAUUAUUGUUAUAUAAUACAUGAUUUAUUGAUCACAAUAUUCAUUUGUCACAAUAUCUGUACUAACCUUUUCUGGAUUGAUUUCAAUAAAAAAUAUGGAAUUGAAUAGUAAUAGCUAAGCCUGUUUUUCAUUUAUAAUCAUUUUAUAGAUAUGUGUUCAAUCUAUGAAUCAAUAAAUACUCUUUUAUAAUGUUCAUCAUCAACUCCAUUGAGAAAAAUGUAUGUUUACAUCAAUAUCACUCUUUCAUUAUACUGGAAUAUCAUUUGACAAUGAUCAACUUAUCACGAUAUUUUUCUACAUCUUGAAAACCACCUGUUUCUCAACCUGCCAAGUUUGAGUGUCAUCAACUAAGAAUUUGUUGAAACACUGUAUAAUAUGAUGCUAUACUGUGUGAGUUUCAGUUCAAGAAUUGAGUUAAUUAUUAGAGAAGUUAAUUCAUCAACUAGCUCGUUUUAGUACUAUACCAGUCUAUUCACAAUCAGUAGUGUAAUAAUUAUAGAAUCUACUACAUUAUUUUUCUUUCAGUUAAUUGUGUUGACAGUUAUUAACUUCUACUGUAACUAUCGCGACCAAGCUCUCAUUUGUUAGACUAACACGUUUUUAAACGUUGAAAUAAAGUAAAGCAAUUUCUAAACUGUUGAUAGACGUAACACGUAGGUUUAACUGUAAGAAUACUUGAGCCAACUAAUCACCCAAAGCCUUCUAAUCUUAGUCAGUGUUAAGGUUGUACUAUAUGGAACUUCACAACAUUAAUAUUGUACAAAUUGAGAAUUGUACAAUUAAACUUGUACAAACUGAAAAUUAUACAAUUGAGACUUGUACAAACUAAGAAUUGUACAAUUAACAUUUGUACAAAUUGAAAAUUGUACAAUUAAACUUGUACAAACUAGAAUUGUACAAUUAAGACUUGUACAAACUAAGAAUUGUACAAUUAACAUUUGUACAAAUUGAGAAUUGUACAAUUAAACUUGUACAAACUAAGAAUUGUACAAUUAAGACUUGUACAAACAAAGAAUUGUACAAUGAGGACUUGUACAAACUAAGAAUUGUACAAUCCGUGUACAAAGUCGGUGAUUGUACAAUACAGAUCCUACUUCUACACUCAUUCUUGAAAGCUUCAAAUAGAUUCUAGGAAAUCGAUUAGAGAAUAAUUGUAAAACUGCAAUAAUUUAUUGAAAGAAAAUCAGUUACCAGAUGAAUUUUUGUUUUUUUCUCAAAUUUUCCUUUCAAAACAUUCACUUCAAGACUAUGGUUGAGUGGAAGAGAGGAUUUUAAAGUCCUAACUCCGUCUAAUACAGAUUUUUUUCAAUUAAAUAUAAUUUAAUUUCAUGUACUCCAUGUUAUGACUAUUGUACUUUUCUCACUUGAGAUGAUUUUAUUUGUAUUGUUCUCAAAUUUUCUUCUCAUAGAGGAGUUACAAAAUUAUUUACCAUAAUUAUUUGCUUGGUUGCAAUUCAUCGCAAUCCCAAAAGACCUAGUGGAAUCUAUCCAUAAUUGAGCCAAAAAUCUUUUGAUAGUAUUAUAGUCUCCAAUCAGAACCAAUCAGAUUAGCCUAUCCUUUAAACCGUUCCUAAAGUCUCAUUGUUGUUUCAAAUUAUACAUAUUCUAUUGUUGAUAAGUCUUUCUAUUAUUGUGAACUCAAAUUGUAUGUGUGUUGAAUCCUAAUUGCUAUUGAUAUAUAUUGAUAACGAACUGUUAAAUUCUUUCUACCUUGAAAAUUCAAUGAUUGAAUAAAAUCAAACAUUUCGAAUUAAACAUUAUAUUGUGUAUAAUAAAAAUAUUUGGUGUAUUCCUUGAUUUGAUUGUUAAAUGGAUGUUUUUGUAAUUUUUAAAAUUUGUGUGUUUUUAUAUAUUAUACGUGUAAUCGAUGUGAAAGAUUUUAUGAAAUGUUGUCUCCAACUAUCACGUGGAAAAUGAUCUCCUAUUGUCUAAGUAAUUGUUGAUAAUAAAUUCUUGUUGACAUUCUAUUGAAGUAAUUCUACUGAUAAUUGACAAGUUCCAAUCGUUAAUAGGAAUUUGUUUGAUACCUAUCUGUUAGUUUUAUCCGUAAUUUAUUGUAUUUGUUGUUUAAAGGAGUGUGCAUUUUUGUAUGUUUUGUCAACCACUCUUGUCUCACAAUUGUUUAUUGCAUACUUUGUGAAAACUCAUUAAAAACGUC